AUGGUGGUGAUGGUAGUGGCAGUGGUUGUGGGGGUAGUGGUAGUGCUGGUUGUAGUGGUGGUGGUGGUGGUAGUGGUGGCACUACAGCUCCCCAGCCCCAGCUACAGCUCCCCAGCCCCAGCUACAGCCCCAGCUACGGCUCCCCAGCCCCAGCACCAGCUCCCCAGCCCCAGCUACAGCUCCCCACAGCUCCAGCUACGGCUCCCCAGCCCCAGCUACAGCUCCCCAGCCCCAGCUACAGCUCCCCAGCCCCAGCUACGUUACAGCUCCCCAGCCCCAGCUACAGCUCCCCAGCCCCAGCCCCAGCUACAGCUCUCCAGCCCGAACCCCAGCUACAGCUCCCCAGCCCCAGCUACAGCUCCCCAGGCCCAACCCCAGCUACAGCUCCCCAGCCCCAGCUACAGCUCCCCAGCUCCAACACCAGCUACAGCCCCCCAGCCCCAGCUAGAGCUCCCCAACCCUAGUUACAGCUCCCCAGCCCCAACCCCAGCUACAGCUCCCCAGCCCCAGCUACAGCUCGCCAGCCCCAGCUACAGCUCCCCAGCCCCAGCUACAGCUCCCCAACCCCAGUUACAGCUACCCAGCCCCAACCCCAGCUACAGCUCCCCACUCCCCAGCCUCAGCCCCAGCUACAGCUCCCCAGCUACAGCUCCCCAGCCCCAGCUACAGCUCCCCAGCCCCAGCUACAGCUCACCAUCCCCAGCUACAGCUCCCCAGCUACAGCCCCCUAGCCCCAGCUACAGCUCCCACGCCCCAGCUACAGCUCCCCAGCCCCAGCCCCAGCUACAGCUCCCCAGCCCCAGCUACAGCUCCUCAGUCCCAUUCCCAGCUACAGGUCCCCACAGGUCCCCAGCUACAGGUCCCCAGCUACAGGUCCCCAGCUACAGGUCCCCAGUCCCAGCUACAGGUCCACAGCUACAGGUCCCCAGCCCCAGCUACAGGUCCCCAGCCUUAGCCCCAGCUACAGCUCCCCAGCCCCAGCUACAGUUCCCCAGCCUUAGCCCCAGCCCCAGCUACAGCUCUCCAGCCCCAGAUACAGCUCCCCAGCCCCAGCUACAGCUCCCCAGCCCCAGCUACAGCUCGCCAGCCUCAGCCCCAGCUACAGCUCCCCAGCCCCAGCUACAGCUCCCCAGCUACAUCUCCCCUGCCCCAGCUACAGCUCCCUACCCCAACUACAGCUCCUCAGUCCCAGCUACAGCUCCCCAGCCCCAUUCCCAGCUACAGCUCCCCAGCCCCAACUACAGCUCCUCAGCCCCAGCCUUAGCCCCAGCUACAGCUCCCCAGCCCCAGCUACAGUUCCCCAGCCUUAGCCCCAGCCCCAGCUACAGCUCUCCAGCCCCAGAUACAGCUCCCCAGCCCCAGCUACAGCUCCCCAGCCCCAGCUACAGCUCGCCAGCCUCAGCCCCAGCUACAGCUCCCCAGCCCCAGCUACAGCUCCCCAGCUACAGCCCCAGCUACAGUUCCCCAGCCUUAGCCCCAGCCCCAGCUACAGCUCCCCAGCCCCAGCUACUGGUCCCCAGCCUUAUCCCCAGCCCCAGCUACAGCUCCCCAGCCCCAGCUACUGGUCCCCAGCCCCAUAUACAGCUCCCCAGCCCCAGCUACAGCUCCCCAGCCCCAGCUACAGGUCCCCAGCCCCAGCUACAGCUACAGCUCCCCAGCCCCAACUACAGCUCCUCAGCCCCAGGUACAGCUCCCCAGCCCCAGCUACAGCUCCCCAGCCCCAUUCCCAGCUACAGCUCCCCAGCCCCAACUACAGCUCCUCAGUCCCAGCUACAGCUCCCCAGCCCCAUUCCCAGCUACAGGUCCCCAGCUACAGCUCCCCAGCUACAAGUCCCCAGUCCCAGCUACAGGUCCCCAGCCCCAGCUACAGCUACAGCUCCCCAGCUACAGGUCCCCAGCUACAGGUCCCCAGUCCCAGCUACAGGUCCCCAGCCCCAACUACAGGUCCCCAGCCUUAGUCCCAGCCCCAGCUACAGCUCACCAGCCCCAGCUACAGCUCCCCAGCCCCAACUACAGCUCCUCAGUCCCAGCUACAGCUCCCCAGCCCCAUUCCCAGCACCUCCUCCUCUUCCUCCUCCUGAUCCCAUGGAAGAAAACAACAUGAGCCAUGCCACUGCAAGAAACUGGAUUCAGACAUCAUUGUCAGACAAAGGAAAGUGA